UAUGAGAAAAUCUAGUGACCAGCUCACCACACUGAAUCCUCCCCGAACAAUCAACCAAGAACUGAAACUGAAUCAAACUAAACAACCCUCUGCCGUUCUUCGCCUUCCAGAUUUUCAGAAAUCUUUUGGACGAGCUGAUCCAUGUCUGUGCCGAACGAGGAGACUAUGUCUUCUAACGCUCAGCUUUCAUCUCAUUUCUUUGGGGAUCUUCUAGAUUCGAUAAUCGUUGAUGUUGCAUCUGAGUGUCACCGGAUAGCAAGGUUGGGGCUUGAUUGUAAUUUGGAGGAAGAAGAGCAGGAAUUGAGGUUGUCAGCACAAGCUCGUGCUAGGGUUGCUGAUUCUAGUAAUAGUGGUGAAACAAAUAGCAAGUAUGUUGUUGAUAUAUUUGGGCAAUCUCACCCUCCUGUAGCCAAUGAAAUAUUUGAUUGCAUGAAUUGUGGGCGUUCCAUCAUGGCAGGAAGGUUUGCUCCUCAUUUAGAGAAGUGCAUGGGAAAGGGUCGAAAGGCUCGUCAAAAGGUGACAAGAAGUAGCACAGCUGCACAGAACCGGCAGUCACGAGGAAGCCCUGGUUCCACAUUCUCUUAUACCAAUUCCACCAACAUGAAUCGGUUAUCAAAUGGAGCGCCUGGUGUUGCAGGUGAGGAUUAUUCAAAUGGCUCAUUUGAAGAGCUGUGAGACACAAGGAAGAGCAGAGAAGGGCUAACUAACUACUUGAAGGUCUAGGCAAGCAACACAAGCAAUGCAGCUGGCUGUUGAAUAUUCAUGCCUUAAGGAAAUUGUUGGGGAUGAUGAACAU